UGAAUUUUGAAGUCCUUCAGACCUGCAACAUAUUCAUAUACACGAUUAUAAAACUGUAGUUAGCUAAUGUUCUCUGACAAGGUUUAGCCUUGAAUUUUUAUUGAGUGCCUUCUAUCGACAGCCAGCUGUACGAACCUCAUGUCAUGGCUUCCGGGGGAUCUACGAAAGAAACCGAGCUUCUCUUUCGACUUUUUAACGGUGUUUACGGAUCAAUUGACAAAGGCGUUUUAACCAGCACUAGUGAAUACAUCGCUGUUAAGCAUAUUCGCCUAGAUUUCCACCAACCUCAGCGUGAACUGCAAAUUCAACGCUUAAAAGCCAAUUUCGAUUUUACCGCCAACUUGCAGCAUCGGAAUCUGGUACGGCAGAUCCAUCAUCAGGAAUGUGAACACGACACGGAUUUGGUUGUCAAUACUGCGCCUGAGAGAUAUGAGGUCAUAACGGAGUUCAGUAAAGGAGAAAAUCUGCAUGAUUUUGCGAGUACGAACGAUAUAACCGCUGUGCAGCUGCAAGACAUAGUCGGCCAAAUAGUUUGCGGAGUGGAGUAUCUGCAUCAGCAGUUGUACGCUCACCGCGACUUGCGCGGCGCCAACAUCCUCAUCGCGAUCGGCGCACUGGGCGCCCUUCAGGUCAAACUCACCGGAAUGGGACGCAUCAGCGACGCGCUGGAUCGCGGCGACGGCAAGAGGCAGGAGCGGGGAGCGUGGAUGUUUUGCCGCCGGAGUGGAUCCGCUGCGAAUACGCCGUCGAUCAGUCCCUGGGCCGGUCCUGCGAAGUGGCCCUGCGCGGCGAUAUGUGGAGUCUGGGUUGUGUCGUGCUGGAGGUGGUAAACGGCGGUUGGCCGGAGUUCUAUCACGAAGACGGCGACGGAGAGCGGCGUCUCCUGACGGACGACGUGAAGGUGCUGCUGUUUGUCGGUAACGGAGGUGUGCCGACUGUUUCCCCGUUGCUGCCCGUGGAGAUACAGGACUUUGUCGGCAAGUGCCUGAGUCGCAGUCCAUGUGACCGCUGGAUGACCACGGAUUUGAAAGCCCAUGCGUUUCUGCAGUGCUCCCAAGACAACGUAUCGCAGUGGGCUUUACCGCGACCGGCCAGACAAAACGCCGACAUCUUCCUCUACCGUGAUUGCAGCC